GGGCAGCAUCGGGGAAACUGCGCGAUAAGGCAUCCGCGCCUCGCACUGUGCUUUCCUUUAUGACACAAGCAUGGAGGCGUUUCGAUUCGUUGUGAUCCUUCUCUUCUUUGCCUGCUAUGUCGUCACCGUCGUGCUCAAUGCCUUGGCUAGCACCGGUAAACUAUUCGAGAACACACCGUCCAAAGUGUCGAGCAAAUACAGUACCUACCUGACACCGGUAGGAUGGACGUUUUCCAUCUGGAUCGUCAUCUACGUCUGGCUCGGCCUCAUCCUUGUCUACGUUCUUUCGCUGAUAUGGAGGAAGAGUGCAGGGGAGCGGCUGUUCGAGACGUCGCCCAUCGCUGAUCCCCUCCCCUUGCUGUUCCUCUGCCUCAACUUAAUACUAAACUUCACCUGGUUGUUCCUUUGGAGCCAGGAGUGGCUGGUGGCGUCCGCUAUCGUCCUAUUCCUCAUCACGGCUUCUGGUUGGAUCGCUCUCGUCAUCUUCUAUGUCCGUGUGCACGAGGUCGCUCGAGACCUUCUCGAAGAAGGGAAAUGGAACAUGGCCUUCAUCAGAUACAUCGUCUUCAACGGGCUGGAAACCUACAACGCUUGGACCUCCAUCGCCUUCCUGGUGAACUUGAGCGUCGUACUGGCCCACGUGUCCGGGAAGAGUCUGGAGUCCAGCGCCAACAUUCCUUUGAGUCUUCUCGUGGGGGUCCUUGCUCUUUGGGUCCCGUUUGAGGCCACUGCCUUCGACAAAUACGGUCGAUACGGAUUCAUGCACUAUUUUGUGCUGACCUUCGCCAUGUCGGGGAUCUACUCGAACGAGGAACCAAGGUCUCGGGGCGUGAACACGUACAUCGUCGUCCUCAUGGCCCUCUUCGCGUUCCUGAUCUUGUGCCGCUCCGCCUUCAUCGCGCAUCGCAAUAGCCAUCGCCCACAAUACAUUCCCCUCUGAGAGAUUUCUUGGAUUUUUUAAAAUUCAGUUUUAUUGGCAUUAAUGUGACUAUUUGUGAUAAUUGUUCGAAUUUAAUAUGGGGAAAAUAUUUGUUCUGUGUUCGAGG